GAUUUGAUUCUCUCACCUUGAUAAAUGACCCAUUUAUAAAACCCUAUGAUCUGUAAAACCCUCAAAGCCGACUAUGUCUACACCAACCAAGACUCUCUUGCAACCCAAAACCUCAACAAGGGUCACUCCUGAAACAAUCUCAGAGGCUGUUACAUCUCUUCUACAAUGGAAACAAGCCCAAAAAAGCUCACAAAAACCCCAGCUUUUAGCUCAAGAACAGUACUUUUACUUGGUACUAACUCUCAAGAACAUCCCACAAAAAAGUACUGGAACAAACCCACAUAAAAUCCCACUGCCCCAUCCUCUGAUUCAAGGCUCUCAGAUUUGUCUCAUCAUUGAUGACAGACCCAAGUCAAAACUCACAAAAAAAGCUGCUAAAAAGAAGGUACAAUCUGAUGGGGUUAAUGUUUCUAAAGUUUUGAAAUUUACUAAGUUGAAGAGUGAGUAUAAGUCUCUUGAUGCUAAAAGAAAGUUGUGUGAGUCUUAUGAUAUGUUUUUUGCUGAUAAAGGGGUUGUUACCUACUUGCCUAAGAUGCUAGGGAAAGUGUUUUUUAAGAAAAAGAAGGUCCCUUUGGCUGUUAAUUUGGGUCAUAGUAAUUGGAAGGAGCAGAUUGAGAGGGGGUGUUGUUCGGGGUUGUUGAGGGUGAGUUCGGGGACUUGUAGUGUGGUUAAAGUUGGGAGAGUUUCGAUGGAGGAAGAGGAGGUUGUGGAGAAUGUCGUGGAGGGGAUUAAGGGGGUCGUUGGGUUUGUGGAGAAUGGGUGGGAGGGUGUUAGGUCAUUGCAUUUGAGGUUAUUGGAUUCUAUGGCGUUGCCGUUGUAUCAGAGUGUGCCAGAUGGAGGGCUGAAGAUUGGUGGGGGUAAGGAGGUUGGUGAGAGUGUUGGGGAGGAUGAGAGUGGCGUGGAUGUUAAAAAGAGAGACGGGAAGUCGGGAAAGAAGAAAGGGAGGAUUCAUGAGGUUGAGUACAUGGAUGCAAGUGACGUCGAUGGGGAUAAAAAUGAGAGUGAGAAGAUCAAUGAUGGUAGUGAAAUUGUUGGGAAGAAGAGAAAGAAUAGGGCUUUAGUGAAAGAACGGGUGAGUGGUGAAGAGGGCGUAGAUGAGUUGGGUAAAAAGAGUAAUAAAACGGGCAAAGGAGGAAAAUUUGAUGUUCAAAUCGUAAAUGAGGGUAAAGAAUCAGAGAAGGAAGAUCUGGUGAGUGAAGAAGUUGAGACCAAGAAAAAGAAGGGUGAUGUAAAAAAUGGACCAGUUAUUGAUAAGAAUGUGGAGAAGGCAGCAAAGAAAACAAAGGGAGAUGAUAUGGAACUUGAAAAAGCUUACAUACCGGUUAAAUCUGUGGGAGUGUCGGCUGGAAAGAAGGCAAAGAAGAAGAGUGGCCUGGAGACAACAGAUAGGAACUCUGAGAAAAAGGUUAAGGAGGACUGGAAGCGCAACCACUUGAAAUCGUGAAGCUAAUAUAACCCGUGUAUGUUUAGAAAGAAAAUACUUAUAUGAAAUGAAAAAAUAAAUUAAAUCAGGGCUUAAUGAAUUAACUUAUGCUUAAUAAUUUAUUUUAAGUGAAAAAGAUAUACUCCAUUCUGUUACUCGGUAAAAUUUUCAGAUAUGCUGCUGACAUGCUAUUUGCUUAACAUGUCUCUUCCUACCUUCGAGGCCCUGUUCAAUGUAUAGUUUAAUUGUGUGAGUCCAUUAAAAUAGAGUAAAUCUUUAUUUUCAAUUUGCAAAUUAUGAUGG